AUGGAAUUAGCCGAAAGGGAUUUCCUGAAUAAAUAAGUCUAAGGAAGCUCAAAUUGUGACUGAAAGACUAUACCAAGUGAAUAGUAAACUUCAGCCGACAUUUGAUCUUCAAGGCACAGAUAAGGAAGAGAGAAGCAAGGCCUUGUCCCAAGCUUACCUUGAAGAGCUUAUGAAGAUAGGGAAUGAAGAGAUAGAGAAAUUCAAAUAAGCCUCUGCCUCAUAAAGAAAAGGUAUAUAAGAUUGCCACGAAAGGGAUAAAUAGUGAAGAUAAGAUCAUGCUUGCAAAGCUGAUGAAGAAGAAUACUUUGGAAAGAACCCAACAGAAGGAUGCCAUUGAGAAGAUCAAAACUCGAAUUAAGAAAUUCAAAACUGAUAAGAAGAAAAAUCAAGCAAAGAUAGAGAAGAACCAAAUUGAAGACUUCAAGGACGAUCUCGAAGAAGACUAUGAUGAUGAGGAUGAGCGAACAGGACUUGAAGACCUGAAUGAAGAAGAGAAAGAAGAAAGAAUCAAAUGGCUUUGGCUAAACCUCUUUUUAAAAGCAAAAGGAUCAGCUCUUGUGCUUACCACAUUCAAUCAGCUAAACCAUAGAAUUCUGGAGUUUGGAACAAAGAGAGGAAUCGUUGAAUAUGAUAACAGAAAGGAUGUAUACCCAUGGUAUAUCCUCAAGCCUAAUACUUGGUUUAAGAAAAUAUGGGAUGUCGUUGUGAUGAUCCUUCUGGUGUACACUGCUUCAUAUGCCCCCUUUUAGGAUGGCAUUCAUCACAAAUAUUUCAACAUCUGUUUUUGUUUUUGAAACAUUUAUUGACACUCUUUUUGUUAUCGAUCUUCUUGUAAAUCUUUUCUCAGCUUAUGAGAAUGAAGAAGGAAGAAUGGAGACUCGAUUUAAGAAGAUCUUUAUGAAUUAUCUCAAGGGCUGGUUGAUAUUAGAUCUCAUUGCUUCCUUUCCAUUCCAAUUCCUAGACCUUUUAGGAGCAGGUACUGGCGGUGGGCAAGUCAAUACCAUCAGAAAAUUAGCCAGACUUCCAAGAUUAUUCAGAAUCUUUCGAGUUUUACGUAUCUUAAAAUUAGUGAAAAUUAUUAGAAAGUCAGCAUUCCUGGAAAAAUUGACCAUGAAUCCAGGAAUUAUGAGAUUAAUCACCACUCUAAUAAUAGUCAGUAUCUUGGUGCAUGUAUAUGCUUGUCUCUGGUUCUUGCAGUCAAAGUUGUCAGACCAUUCGCCUGACACCUGGGUUGCGAGAUAUUCCUAUCAAGAUACAGAAAUCAAGAUCCAAUAUCUCACUGCAGUAUAUUGGUCCUGUCAACUUCUCACAACAGUGGGAUAUGGUGACUUCGGAGUUGGAAAUAUGACAGAAAUCAUUAUGAACAUCUUCUGGAUGAUCUUCGGUGUAGCCUUCUACUCCUUUGUGAUUGGUAACAUUCAGUCAAUCAUCACUAAGAUGGAUGGAGACACUGAGGAUCUUGUGAAUAAGCUCAAAGCGCUUGAGAAUUUCAAAAAGAACACAGGCCUGAAAAACUCAGUGUAUAUCAGGAUCAAGAAAUACCUAGAACAAAACUAUAAUGACUUGAAAUGGACAAUGGCUUUUGAUGAGUUUUUGCCAGAAAGUCUCAAUGAUGAGAUUCUUAGCCAUAUAUACAGAGAUACCAUUUGUAAUAUUACAUUCUUCAACGAUAUUCCUCACAAGAACUUUAUAUGGAGCAUCCUUCAGUAUUUACAAACCAUCAAGGUUGAAUUUGGUGAGCUUAUCUACCUUGAGAGAGAUCUUGCUAAAGAAAUGUACUUCCUGAAGACAGGCUCAGUCAAAUUAUACUACAAGUCAAGAAAGAUAGCAUAUAUAGAAGAAGGAGACUACUUUGGAGACAUAGAAAUGUUCUAUAAUAUCAAUAGAGAAUUUAAAGCCAGAGCAGCCAACGACUGCAUUUUAUUAAGGAUCCACAAGAAGAAUUUAGUUAAAGUCUUGGAUGACUAUCCACAGGUUAAGAAUAACCUCUUGAAUACUGUUAAAGAGAAAAGAGAGAGAUAUUAUGACAUCAUCAUUCAGAAGAAAUUACCGAUGCCAGAAAAGAUUUUGAAUGUGUAUGGAGUCCCUAAUCUUGAUUCUGAAGAAAGAAAAAUCUUACCUAUAGAGGAUAAGUCUCAGACUGUCGAUAAUAAGAAGGACAGUCCAGUCGGAGAUAAUAAAUCUAAGAAAAAGGAGAUCAAAGAGAAUUCUAUUAAGAAUCCUAAAUCACCUCCAAAGGAGUCUAUUAAAGUACCUGAAAUUCCUCAGCAUUCUGGGAGCAAGACCAAUCUACAGGAUUCCCAGGAUCUUAGUAGGAUGGAUAAAGCACUAGCUCAAAAUUUGGAAAUAAACAAAGAAUUUUCAUCAUCAAUGCCCAUGCAAGCUGAAGUGACUGAGAAAGAUGUAGUGCAGAUCCUUGAAAAUUAUGAUAAAGAUAUGGAACUCAUAGAGUCGAUCACAGUUCUCAGCUCAAAAAUUAUGGGAAAGCUCUUAUCCAGUACUAAUAAGCUCUACAAUGAUUGAGUAGAGGUUGAAAGCAAGAACCUCAAGGUGGAGAAAGAGAUCUUAAAUAUGAAAGACUGUCUGGAUGAUUUACUAAAAUCUCAAAAAUCCUAAUUCAUUAUGAAAUUUCCUCCAA